GAAAUAAAGACAGAUCCAUUUGAAAUUACAGUAGUUGGUUUUUACAAUGUUUGUUUACCCCAAAUCAUCAUCAUUUCAUUAAUCAUUAAAAUAUGGAAGAUGAAUUUUGCUUGGAGUGUCUUGAACGUCAAAUUCGAACCGAUUUUACUGACAAACUUAUUUACAAUUAUGCCAUCUCCGCCGCUUCCCCACUUCCCUUCGCCUCAAACGCCGUCGUUCAGGUUUCAAGCUCCGAAAAAGAGGGUUUACAACCUCAUUUCAUAUUGAUGUAUUUGAGAAUUAAUAAUCAACAACACAAUUGCUUCAUCAACUACAUCAACGAGCAUCUUCCAGAAGACAUCAAACCAACCCCAUUAGACAAUGAAUCAAAUGAAUCUCAGUUAUUGUCGAAUGAAGGCGGAAGUUCAUGCUUACCUGGAUUAGGGUGCAACAAUUCAACCUGUGACUUUUCUGCAAGGUAUUCUUGCUUGAGGACACUUACAGCCUUGGCCCCAAUUUCUCAAAUUGGAUCCGUAUCCUUACCUGCUUUUGAGGAUCUGGUUUCAAGCUUCUUAUCUGGGAGUAUAGAAGAUCAUGUAUUGCAUUCGCUUACUCUUCUGUUACAAGGAAAAGCCACGGGACGAGAUAACAUAAACUUUCUUAACUUAAUCGGGGUACCGUCAUUUACUGAAACUAGCUUUCCUGGUUGCAUAAGACAUCCAAACAUAGUACCAAUUAUGAGCAUGAUGAAAUCACCCACCCAUAUAAAUAUAAUAAUACCAAAAACUCCUUAUACAUUGGAAAACAUUCUUCACUAUAGCCCUGAUGCCUUAAAGUCAAACUGGCAUAUUAAAUUUUUAAUGUAUCAGAUACUCUCUCCUUUGAGAUACAUGCAUGGAUUAGGGAUUUCCCAUGGUAGCAUAUGUCCAUCUAAUGUAUUACUUUCUGGUUCAUUCUGGUGCUGGCUGCAUAUUGGUGAUACACUAAAAUCAAAUUCCAAUGUAUCCAAAAAGAUUGGCUGUUACACUGAAGGUUGUCACUCAAGUGAACUCUUUGCUGAUAUGAAGAUAUCUAAUCUUACAGAUUGGCAUACUGUGUUUAUUCGCUGGUGGAGUGGAGAGUUGACCAACUUUGAGUAUCUGCUUUUUUUAAACAAAUUAGCUGGUAGGAGGUGGGGUGAUUAUACUUUUCACACGGUAAUGCCAUGGGUUAUUGAUUUUAGUGUAAAACCAGAUGAGAAUAACGAGUUGGGUUGGCGAAAUUUGAGUAAAACGAAGUGGCGGUUGGCGAAAGGCGAUGAACAGUUGGACUUUACAUAUUUAACAUCAGAAAUCCCACAUCAUGUUUCAGAUGAAUGUCUCUCAGAGCUAGCUGUCUGUAGUUAUAAAGCAAGAAGACUGCCUUUAAGCGUUCUCCGAACAGCUGUCCGCUCGGUCUAUGAACCAAACGAGUAUCCAUCCACAAUGUAUAGGCUUUACCAAUGGACCCCAGAUGAAUGCAUCCCUGAGUUUUAUUAUGAUCCACAAAUAUUCCGCUCUAUACAUUCUGGGAUGUCUGAUUUAGCAGUACCUUCAUGGGCAGGUAGCCCGGAGGAGUUUAUUCGAUUGCAUCGGGAUGCUUUGGAAAGUGAUCGUGUUUCAUGUCAAAUUCAUGAUUGGAUAGAUAUUAUAUUCGGGUACAAAAUGUCCGGGGAAGCAGCCAUUUCUGCCAAAAAUGUCAUGUUGCCACCUUCGGAGCCUACAAGCGCCAAAUCAGUGGGGCGGCGUCAGCUAUUUAGUCUUCCUCAUCCUCCUCGUUGGGGUGUUAUAAAGAAGAAAGGUCAUGGUAAAGAGGAUCUGCUUCAUGAAAUCUCUAAUUUACAAGCACUAGAAGAAGCAACUACAUUCAUUGAACAUGCUUCCCAUUUGAGUCCUUUGUAUAGACAUGAUCUUGUAAAGGAUUCCUCUGGUUUAGAAGAAGUUGUAUCUGAUACAUUUGAAUAUGUCAAAGAUUUGAGGUCGCCAUCGAUUGUUGAUAUAAAUUUUCUUCUUCAGACUAUUGAGACAGAUGAUAAUAGCACUUCAGGGUAUCAAGAUUUUCUUCUAUGGAGGCAGAAAGCGUCUCACUUAACAAAUAUGUCUGUAAAUAUAGCGAAUGACGUGUUUUCAAUUGGUUGCAUCUUAGCAGAACUACAUUUGAGGAAACCACUUUUUAAUCCAACAUCCUUGGCCCACUACUUAGACAGUGGUGGUCUGCCCAAAUUGAUGCACGAACUCCCCCCUCAGGUUAAUAUUAUUGUUGAAGCAUGCAUUCAGAAGGAGUGGGAUAGGAGACCAUCUAUCAAGUCUCUAUUGGAAUCUCCUUAUUUCCCUGCAACAGUGAAGUCAUCAUACUUGUUUCUAUCCCCACUUCAACUUCUAUCAAAUGAUGAAUCUAAGCUUCAUUAUGUUGCAAGUUAUGCAAAAUGUGGAGCUUUGAAAUUAAUGGGAAGUUUUGCUGCUGAAAUGUGUGCACCCCACUGUCUACCUCUUUUACUCACACCUUUAUCUGACACUGUAGCAGAGUGGGCUUAUAUAAUGCUCAAGGAGUUCUUGAAGUGUCUGAAUCUGCAAGCUUUAAAGACACUGAUCUUGCCUGUGAUACAGAAAAUUCUUCAGACAACAGGUUAUUCUCACAUGAAGGUCUCGCUUCUUCAAGAUUCAUUUGUACGUGAGUUAUGGAGCAAGAUUGGUAAACAGUUAUACUUGGAGAAUAUUCAUUCUAUGGUUCUAUUAAAUCUAUAUGUUUCUCCUCAUAAAAGUUCAUCUGGGGCUGCCUCUGUACUUUUGAUUGGCUCAAGUGAUGAGCUUGGUGUCCCAGUUACUGUUUAUCAGACAAUAUUACCUCUGAUUCAAUGUUUCGGGAAGGGGCUUUGUAGUGAUGGAAUCGAUGUCAUUGUUAGAAUUGGUGGUCUUUUUGGAGAGGUUUUCAUUGUCGAACAGAUUCUUCCAUUACUGAAAAAUGUUGUACGCGCUUGCAUUGAUGUGUCCAAUGUGAUUAGGCCCGAGCCUAUGCAGAGUUGGAGUUCCUUGGCUCUUAUGGAUUGUCUAAUGACAUUAGAUGGGAUCUUGGAGUUAUUGCCAAGUCAGGUGGUUGUCAAAGAGCUGAUUGAGGAUGGAGGUUGCCUAUAUAUUCAGAUUCUCAUGACAGCCAAUUUAGGAAUCCCAUCACUUCAGGUUGCUGCUACAAGCCUUGUUACAAUUUCCCAGCAGAUUGGACCGGAAUUAACGUCAUUGUAUGUCAUGCCUAAACUGAAAGGGCUUUUUGAAAAACUUGCCUUCUCUGAAGAAACUCACAAUGGUCCUGGUAGUGCAAUUCUUAAUGCUAAUAAAAAUAAAGUCGUUUACGAGCAAAUGGAGACCAGGAUGGAUCUUGUGUUGCUUCUGUAUCCACCUUUUGCAUCUCUUCUUGGGAUAGAGGCACUUCGCAAGUGUUGUUCUACAUGGUUGAUUCUUGAAAAGUAUCUUCUAUGGCAUCAUAAUUGGAAGUGGGAGUACACAGAGGAACCUUCUCGUAGUGCUGUGGACAAUAUAAAUGUGAGAAGGGCAAGUUACAGCAAAAACUCAACAUCUGAGCAUAAUCCUGCUAAAGUCUUGCUUCAUGGAGUUGGAUGGUCGGUACCACAGUCACAAGUAGAUAACGUAUCUAAAAAGUCUUUGCCACAUAAGAGACUAAAUCGCCACAAUAUUAAUUCUGAUAGUAAGCAUAUGGCACCAUCAACCCCUAGAGAGCAGGAACCACCCUGGCAUUGGUUUCCGAGCCCUGCAACAAGCUGGGAUGGGCCUGAUUUUCUUGGUCGUAUUGGGGCUUCAAGUAAUGAAAUUCCAUGGAAAAUUAGUGCAUCUGUAAUACACUCGGUUCGGGCCCACCAUGGAGCCCUCAGAUCAUUUGGUGUUUGUCAAGACGAGUGUACUUUUUAUACAGCCGGGGUUGGACAAGGAUUUAAGGGAUCUGUCCGAAAGUGGGAUUUAUCAAGAAUUGCUUGUUCAUCUGGAUAUGAUGGCCAUGAAGAGGUUGUGAAUGACAUAUGUGGCUUAGGGUCCUCGGAAAGAACUGCUUCUUGUGAUGGCACAAUUCAUGUCUGGCAUAGCCAUUCAGGGAAAAAUAUAUCUGUAAUUGCUGAAAAUUCGGGAAAUUCUACACAAUAUGGGAGUUCAUCGACUUCUUUAUCCAGAAUACACUCUGACCAAGCUAAUAUGCUUGAUUAUAGUUCACUUGGUAGUGGGAUUUUGAGUAGUGCUUAUGAUGGGAGUUUGUAUACUUGCAUGCAUCACCUGGAAACUGUAAAUCGGCUUGUGGCAGGUACUGGAAAUGGUUCUCUCAGAUUCAUUGACAUCGAUGAAUGUCAAAAACUUCAUCUGUGGAAGAGUGAUUCUUCUGAAUCCAGUUUUCCUUCUCUAAUCUCUUCCAUAUGCUCAUGUGGUUCUACCAAGACUCAAACUAACGGAGCUGUGACACCACCAUCAUGGAUUGCAGCUGGACUAAGCUCUGGUCAGUGCAGAUUGCUUGAUAUGAGGAGUGGUAAUCUAAUUACCUCAUGGCAAGCUCAUGAUGGAUAUGUGACAAAGUUAGCUGCUCCAGAGGACCACUUACUUGUUUCUAGUUCACUUGACAAGACUUUACGUGUUUGGGACCUCAGAAAGAAUUUGGCAUCACCGUUAAUCUUAUUCAGAGGUCACACUGACGGAGUAUCUGGUUUCUCUGUAUGGGGACAGGAUGUUAUUUCAAUAUCCAGAAGUAAGAUUGGACUUUCUUCCUUAACACAACAGGAUGGGCAACAGCGGAUCACACCGCAACACCUCUACAUGGCUGAUCGUGAAUCAAGGAACAUGUCUGUGUUAUCUAAUAUAGCAAUUCUCCCGUUCUCGCGUCUUUUUCUGGUGGGAACAGAAGAUGGUUAUCUAAAAGUUUGUUGUUAAUUUUUCUUGUUUACAGUUUCGUUUAUUUCACCUUGUUCAAAGCAUAUUGUUGUAUAUUGUAUCCGAGAGGGUUGUGUAAGCAAGCAACAAGUGAUAAUUUGAGAAGACUUCAUAAAUAUAGUCAAAGGUGACAAAGUUGCAUUUUAA